AUGGCUUCUCAAGAAUUUACUGUAUUAUACACUCACCAAAAAAUGAAAAAAUCAAAAACGUGGCAAGAUGGAAUUCUGAGGAUUAGAACUGGAAGCAAUAAGGCUACCUUGUUUGAUGAUAAAGGACAAUGUUUGGAGAGUAUUUUUAUAAAAUCUCAGGUGAAUGCUGGAGACAAUUUAGAAAGUGAACGAUAUUUAAUUGAAGUUGAAGCAAUAAAAGUGGAUGAAAAAUCUGUUGAAGGUCAGCCAAGGAAAGCAGAAACUCCAGCAGUGGGUCGAAAUGGUGUAAAACCUGGUGUUCUGCCUCCAAGACAUCUGUCUGUUGGCUUGAAAAGGAAGUUUACAGGUUUCCAAGGGCCGCGUCAAGUUGAAAAGAAAAUGUCAACAAUGGAAGAUGAAGAAAAAACAAUACUGCCUUUAUCUAAGCAGUGUCAGGGUACUUUUCCAUCCAAGUUUUAUAUUACCUCUCCCUUAUUUUCUACGAUUUGCAAGAAGGAUACAGAAACAAAUCUAUCUGCAGACUUUCACAAAGAUGCAUGUACGGAUGUUGGUAGAGAACACAUGUGUCUCUCCUCAGUGCUUUCAGCUACAUUUCUUGACAGGUGUAAGGAGACAGAGGAGCAAAACUCUGAUCAGUCCAUUGUGAAGCCAGAAUCUCUAAUUACUGGGCACACCAAAUCUAGUAGUCACACAGCUGGUCACAGGGCAGUGUCACAAAACAUCAGGAGCACGGCACAGAUAAUAGCUCUUCUGAAGUCUAAACCAGCACAAGUAUGCAGAGAGCAAACGAAGUCUGAAGCCAUAGAAUGUCUUUCUAGGUUUCAGGCAUCAGAAGAUGCAGAGAGUUUGUAUAACCAAACAAGCACAAUCCUACCUGCUUUUUCAGGCAAUCCUGCCAAAAGACUCAUUCAAAAUAUUCAGCACCUGCCUUUUAUGGAGAGAACUGUAAAUGAUAAAAAGGAAUGGAAUACUGAAAUGCUUCUGAACUCAGCUGAGCAACCUUGUGGUAAUGAAAUCACAGGACAGAGACGUGACAAAAAGGCAAAUAAUUUAAGUCAAGAUUUACAAGAUUCUUGCAAUACAAAUAGUUGCUUCCUACCUGAAUCCACCAUAAUUAGAAUGACUGACAGUCAGUUUGCCCCAUCCUCAAGUGACACUUCAUGUGCAGCAAGUCCAAUCACCUUUGAAAAAAAUCUCUCCAGGUACAGGGAGCAUUCAGUGACUAACGGUCUUAAGGAGAAUUCAUCUGCGAAUUUGCAAAGUGAGCUUCAGCCAAGACAAAAUUCAGAAAGAGUGCCUGGUGACCUGGAGCUCUCUGUGGAUGUACAGUUGACUGAAACUGGGACUGUAAAGGAAGAAUUAAGUAUGCGUGACAAAGACUGUGCUCCAGAUGAGCAGGUGAUGGAGGUAAACUUUAAUCUAAUGGAGGCUUUUGAUUUUAAUGACACAGACAAUGAAGACCUGUGUGACAGAGAUGUGAAUAAGCUUCCUGAAGGAGAUAUGCUUUCACAAAGUCCAGAUUGCUUAAAGGGAGAAGAUGUAGGACAAGAUACUGCGUUGAGGCUUCAUUCUUGCUGUGAUGUAAUGACACACAGUAAAAAUGAAGAAGUCAAAUGUUCAACAUUUGAUGGAGAGAAUGACGGAAUUCACUGCAGUGGGGGUAUCCCAUCUCAGCUUUGGGACAACAGUGUCAGAGAUAUAGGGAGAAUUGCAGAACACACUGCAAACCAGACCAGAAUUGAAGUGAGGCUUUUGGAUGAUAGACACAAUGUAAAAGAGAUUAAUGAAAGUCAAUUAAGUAUUGAAGCCACAAACAAUAAGAAGGAUCUUGAUGGCUGUGCAGCACAUACCAUUAAUGCUAUGUCAUGGACAAAAAGCAAGCACUCUUAUCUUUUGCCUGGUGACACAAAUGUUAAUGAAUGUCACCCUAAAAUCACUAUGUUUGAGGAAACUGAAAGUAUUUCAUGUAUUUCUACCAGCAGAAUAAUUUCUGCAAUGGACAAAAGGACCAAUGAAGAUUUUAUACAGCUUGGAUGCAUGAAAUCCCCAGGUGUUGAUUUAGAACACUUCUGGGGUGCUAAGAGUAAUGACGUUAAACCAGGUAGUCCUUUGCUGGCUUUGUCACAAAAAUCUGAUCCUAGCUGUGACUCAUUCCAAUACAUUGAAGAAGACCAUCAAAAGGUAUUUGGUAUGUCACGUAAGGAAGAUACUCUGAUUUCCAGAAGUUCUGUCUAUCCUUUAGGAAAAGGCCAUUCCUCUCCAGAGGAGACUGCAAUAGGUGAAACCGAGUUUGAAAAUGGAGAGAGCAUAAAUGCUUUUCAUGAAUCCUGCAAAGGUGAAAGAAUAGGAAUGGAUUGCCUGAAGUGCACAGCAAUGGCUGAAAAUUCAUCAGAUCUUUCUGAUUUGAUAAAAAAUAUUGCUCUUCUAAGGGCUUUGACUCAACAUAGCACAGCACUAGAAAGCUUACAAAAGAUGGAGGAACAUAGUAGCAUAUUAUGUGAAGCAGAGACUCCUAAAGAGAUAUUUGAACCUCUUGUGGAAGAUGAAGCUAUAAAACAGUUUACAGAAAUGCCUUACUCAGAAAGUAUGCAGGCAUCUUCAUGUUCAUACUUAAACUCUUCUGGCCUUAUGCCCAACUCUGUGGACAAUUUAUUACAGACAACGGAGGCAUUUAUUCUACCAAUAGCAGCAGCUGAAAGAGAUCCUGGGACAUUUGACUGCCAACCAAAGCCUGUUGCGUUUCAAGGGCACCAAGUAAAGGGAUCAGCAGCUAGUGAGAUAAUGUUGCGAGCGUCCAGCUCACAGCUAGGAUGGCAACAGUACCCAGAUAAUGUGGAAUUUGCAGCUGAGAGAUUUUUGUCACCACUGUUUUCAAAUGAUUAUGUCCUUUCUGACUUCAGACAGCCUCCAGGUUCAAGAAGUCUUCAUGACGAUGAUAUCAACUUUAUCAGAGAAGAGAAUUUUCAAAAGAAGGCUAACUUUAUUAAAGAGUCAAUAACAGAUCAGUCCCCAUUGGCAUCGGAUGUGUAUUCUGAAGUUCCAUCAUGGACAAUGUCAGGCUCACCUUCACAUUCUGAUUUGAGACAAACACAGUGGAGUUCGUGGGAACCGGAAAAGAUGAUUCCAUCAGUAGAACUGACUUCCUCAAUUGAUGCAGACUCUACAACCUCUCCAGCUUCAGGCAGUCAGGAAACUAUAGGAGACAUCCAGGAGCCCCUGCUACACAGGAUCUUGCCAAGUGAACCAGAACUUUCAGAAUUUUUUUUCACACAGGAGAAAUCCAGCUAUCCAGAGGAAUGCAACCUCUCAAGAUUCAAACCCACAGUUAAAACACGAACUCCACUUGUCGUUAUUCCCACCACUGAGAAGAUUCCUGAUGCGUUUUAUCCAACUGAUAGGGAGGAGGCCCAGCAAUCUUUCGGCUCUUCAGUAGUCAAUUUAUGCAACAAGUCAGUGGUAUUUCCUAUUAGUGCUUUUGGCCCUGAGGACAGAAAUUAUGAAACCUCUGUGUUUGGAGAGUAUACAGAAGAUGAACAAAGGGAAUUGGUACAACCAGUGUUCCCUAAUGUGACUUCACAAUAUAGACAAAGCAAGUGGCUAAAAUAUCAAAACAGUUCUCAGUGUGACUUGAUAACUCAAAACAGCGAUGAUGGGGAAGUGACUGAUGACAUCUGUGCUGAGAACGUCCUUGGAAUGCUGCUGGGUGACACAGGAGAGAGCAAUGCUGUGAAUAAAAGUGCUCCUGGCUCAACACCUCUACUGACAGCAAAGAGCAUGCUUGGUAAAUGCUGUGCAAAUACCAGGAACCAAGAUUUGAUUUCAGAGAGGAAGUUACUUUCUCUGCACGCCAUAACAGUUUCUGAGUUGUCUUUUCCUAAUGUGGAUAAAGUAAAACACGCUAAUAUUCCUAAAAGAAAGAUUUCCAUACCAACUGUGUUUCAGUCUUAUCUUCACUACAAACAGAUUUUUAAAGCUGCUUUGACAGAGCAUUUAAACAUAAUGCUGUUUGAGUUGUCACAAAGAUUACACAAUGCUCUUUCAAAAGUGGAUAUAUCAUUUUACACUUCACUGAAAGAUGGGCAAAGCGAGAGCAGAGAAAGCUGCGUUCCACUCUGCAAUCACAUGCAUCCUGCUAAGCUUGUUAUGGUUAAAAAAGAAGGUCAAAACAAGGGCCGUUUGUUCUACACCUGUGAUGCCCCAAAAGCUGAGCAGUGUUCAUUUUUCAAGUGGCUAGAAGAUGUGAACCCCGCACAGAUAAAAUCCAGACCCAGUGUAGUGCUUCAUGACUUAAAAAGUAUUGGAACAUACCUCAGAAGUCAAAAGAUUUCUCUCUAUGAGGAAUGCCAGCUUUUGGUGAGGAAAGCAUUUGAAAUUCAAACACAGCGGUGUAGUAAGUUCAAGAAAUUUAUGAAUACACCUGCCCAAUUUGACGGUGAUUUAAAAAAUAAAUUAUACCUCAAACUAAGCAGAAAGGACCAUUAUUCUCUCUAUAGCAAAGAUGAUAUCUGGGUUAUUUCGAAGACUCUGAACUUUGAUUCUCUUGAUACUUUCAUUGCAAGUAGUGCUUUCUUUGGACCAUCCUCCAACAAUGAAGUAGAAUUGCUACCGUUGAAAGGCUACUGCCCCUCAAACUGGCGAUCAAAUAUGAUUGUUCAUGCCUUGCUAGUCUGUAAUGCUAGUGGUGAACUUACAUCUUUAAGAAAUAUGGAGGAACACUUCAAUCCAUCUACUUUACCACUAAUACCGUACCUACUGAAAAUGAAUUUUGAUUCUGAAAAUGCUACUAAUAGAGUCAACAGAAGAAAAUUUAUUCCACCUGCCGUCAGCCUGAAAAAAGGCACAAUGAUGUAUGGACCUGUCAGCACUGAAGUGGCAAUGGGGCUAGCUGAAAAGAUGAUCCAAACAUUCUCAUUGAACCCAGAUCAGGCUACGUCACUGAUUCACAUAGCUCAGAUGAUGACCUCAUGUGAAAAUACCAAACCAGUGGAAGAGCACCAGAACUCCCCUAUCACAAUCAUACGUGGUGUUUUUGGAGCUGGAAAGAGCUAUCUGCUGUCUGUUGUGAUCUUAUUCCUAGUACAGCUCUUUGAAAGCAGUGAAGCUACAGAGGGUCAAAGGCCAGCUCCUUGGAAAGUUCUGAUUGCUUCUUCCACUAACGUUGCUGUUGACAGGAUACUGCUGGGUCUACUUGAUCUCGGAUUUGAGGACUUUAUCAGAGUGGGAAGUAUUAGGAAAAUCACCAAAGCAAUUCUUCCCUAUAGUUUACAUGCUGGCUCAGGAAAUGAAAAUGAGCAGUUAAAAGAAUUGCUUGCUCUCAUGAAAGAAGAUUUAACUCCAGUUGAAAAAAUGUAUGUAAGGAAGAGUAUUGAGCAACAUAAGCUGGGGACCAAUAAAACUAUAUUGCAGCAGGUAAAAGUGGUUGGAGUGACCUGUGCUGCCUGCCCAUUCCCUUGUCUGAAUACUCUCAAGUUUCCUGUAGUGAUGCUGGAUGAGUGCAGUCAGAUGACUGAACCUGCUUCUCUCCUUCCUAUUGCAAGGUUUCAGUGUGAAAAGCUAGUCCUUGUUGGAGACCCUAAGCAAUUACCACCAACUAUUCAAGGGUCUGAGAGUGCUCAUGAAAAGGGACUGGAGCAGACUCUCUUUGACCGGCUUUGCUUAAUGGGACAUAAAACAAUACUUCUCCGGACACAGUACCGAUGUCCCCCUGCCAUUAGUGCCAUAAGCAAUGAGCUGUUCUAUGAAGGAAAUCUGAUAGAUGGUGUUACCGAGAAAGACAGAAGUCCUUUAUUGGAUUGGCUUCCAACACUAUGUUUUUAUAGUGUUAAUGGGGUAGAACAAACUGAAAGAGACAACAGCUUUUAUAACAUGGCAGAAGGUCAUUUUACAGUCAAGCUCAUCCAGUCUCUGAUUGCAAGUGGAAUAGAAGGAUCUGCAAUUGGUGUGAUUACUCUUUAUAAAUCACAGAUGUGCAAGAUUCAGAAUUUGCUUAGUAGCGUACACUCUGAGGCUUUUGAAACUAAAGCUGUCCAGGUGUCCACUGUAGAUGCCUUCCAAGGAGCUGAGAAGGAGAUAGUUGUUUUGUCGUGUGUAAGAACAAGACAAAUUGGGUUUAUAGACUCAGAAAAGAGAAUGAAUGUUGCACUGACGAGAGCGAAGAGGCAUUUGUUGAUUGUUGGAAAUCUGGCCUGUUUAAGUAAGAACAGACUGUGGGGAAGAGUAAUUCAUCACUGCAAAGGAUGGGAAAAUGGAUUACAACAUGUAAGCCAAUGUGAGCAGCAACUAAACAACAUUCUGAAAUGUUACAUAGAGAAAUGGAAGGAAGAGGAACAGAAUAAGAAAAGGGAAAAAAAAAAAAAAAAAGAUAAAAAUCAUCACCUGUAG